AUGAAUGCUGUUGUGGCUCGACUGGCGGAACAAGGGAUUAUAUGGGAAUUCAUUCCACCCAGGGCGCCUCAUUUUGGCGGUCUGUGGGAGGCAGCCGUUCGAUCUUUUAAAUACCAUUUGCGUAGGGUAGUGGGUGAGAAUUCGCUUACUUUUGAAGAAUUUUCGACUUUGGCAGCACAGAUUGAGGCCUGUCUAAGCUCUCGGCCUUUGUGCCCUUUAAACUCGCAGGGUGAGGAUAGUGUGGCAUUGACCCCGGGUCAUUUUUUGAUUGGAUCCGCACCUCUGUCCGUUCUUGAGUCCUGCUCUGAUCAAGGUGAACGAUUAACUUUGUAUCGGCGUUGGAACUUGCUUACUCAGAUGCGCAAUUCUUUUUGGGUUCGCUGGCGCAAGGAAGUCCUGAAUCAAUUUCAACAGAGAAGUAAAUGGCUUAAGGAAAAGGAGAAUUUGCAAGUAGGUGACGUAGUGAUUUUGCGUGAUGAGCAAUCUCCUGCUGGUCGAUGGCCAUUGGGUCGAGUGAUUGAGUGUUUCCCUGGCUCUGAUGGGUUGGUGAGAGUGGUAAGAGUCAAGACAGCGGCUUCAGAAUUCAAGCGACCAGUCAUUAAAUUGAUAAAGUUGGCGGUUGAUCAUGAAUUAGGGGUCGCGAUUGCUCAAAUAAAUGGGAGUAAGUUGCUAGAGCAAGGCGGGCGGUAG